AGUAAUCUCCACUGUCCCAUUCAAGUGGACAUCCGUUUUCUAGAAACUAGAAGGAGGAUAUAGAUGCAACAAUUCAUUCACGGUUACACACGAAAUUGUGCAAUGGUUAUUGAAUCCUCAGUAAGAAAAUGAUUUGUGUAUGUCGAAAUACAGUUCAAAGCUAAAAAAAAUGAUUAUUUUAAUAGCUAUACACGUUAUUCUUAUUCUCACAUUCGGCAGAGAAACUGCAUGCCGGACUUCUAUCGUAGCAUUUUCAAUAAACAACUACAGUAAUACAACUUCGCCUGCGUAUACGGGCAUUCAUGUGGGAUUUAACUGUGUUAUAGCAAGCACGAAUGAAACGUUCGAGAUUCGUUUAAAAAACGAGCACGGAAAUAUUCUAGCGCAGGAUACCAACAGCACACAGUUGGUAUAUAAACUCCAGCAAGAAAACUGUCUAGACGGAGGAAAUUACACUUGUGAAGUGUACGAGAAAGAUAUCUUGGUAGAUUCCAGGAAUGGGUAUCUACAAGCUGUAAAAUGUAAUUCAUGGAUCGACAUGUUUACCGUUAACCAAUCCUCUAACAAAACCGUCAUCACCCCUAAAAACAACUCUAUCUCGCUCUCUUGCAACAUCAACCACGCAAGCAAAAAUACGGAGAUACGAAUUAGAGAUGAGUCCGGUGCUAACCUGGCUCGUGUUUCUAACAGCAAACACCUCAAGUUUGAACAUCCGAAAGCCGAUUGUCUCAAGUCUGGAAACUACACAUGUGAGGUUUGGCAGUCAGACACAAUGGUUGAUAUUGCCAACGUUUACGUACUUGUUUUUAAAUGCCCACCUAUCCCAUGCUACUCUGUGGACUCACCAAAGCUGCUACACGGUGAACUAGGAAGCAACAUCACCAUUUUCAUCUGCGUCAUCACACACCCGGAUGUAUUCAAGUACUUACAUCAGAUGUCAAUGAACGGGAAAAAGAUCACGGAUGACAGAUCAAACAGGGUCAGCUACUCUGUCGAUAAGGACCCGCUGUCCGGCAUCCAUUACUUUGUCCGGGUGUUCAUCUCUAAAAUCACACCGGAGGACGCAGGGGUGAUAACAAUAACAGGAGAGACAGAAUUGUUUCCUAUUGUACCGUUCACGUUGAAACUAAAUGUUACAGGUUAUUUACCACAUGAAGCAGUCACCCAUUAUUAUGUUAUGGCCGGUGUCCUCCCAGUGGUUGCUAUUGUUUUUGUUGUUGUCGCGCUGAUAAUCUAUAGAAGAAAGAAAUUAAAGGCUGCUCAGAAGUUCAGAGUUAGAUUUGAAAAUGCUCAACGGGCGGAGAAUGUUUACAUUGAACAUCGAAAUGACGAGGAAGAAUACAACACUUUGGAUGACGCUGUAGACGCGAUGGUGACCAACAACAACAUCCGAGGGCACGACCACGACGCCAACGAGCCAAAACAAUGUCGGUUAGACACUCUGCCUCCCCUACCCCCGAGACCACCAGAUCAACAGUACAUUGAUUUUCGCCUGGUUGCCAUUGAUAAAAACAACGACCAGAAAAAAGAAGAUUUGGUGGAACCUGAUCCAAAGUCUCACGCAGAAAAACAUGCGGAAAUUCAAGACGAGAGCGAUGUUAAAAAAAAUCUAGGCGAGAGUUUGUGUACUGUUCCAACGGAAGCUGCUUAUCAAAACUUACAAAACGCGGAAAAUCAAAGUAUGUGUAAUAGUAAGAACGUAGACGACAACACAAUGACUGCAAGCAGCGAAAAAACAGUCGAAGCUAUGGUUCAUUCUGUACCAAGAGAUAAAAACACGGAUAAUAUUGAGAACGUCUACGACGCAGCAGUCGCCAAAGAUGACACGGAAGAAAACCACCAAUACAUGUCGAUGAAUCGUCUACAAGAGGAAAAUAUCAAACUCGACAGUGAAUAUGUGUCACCGGAUAGCAAUCCUAUUUAUUCCGAAUUCCCUUCUGCGAACAAGACCGCGGAUUACUACCAGUGGGAAGAGAUAAUCAUAUCCCCAGAUCGUGGCGGUGCUGGGUGUGUUGGAGCCCACGCCCACCACAACCACAAACCAGACGUCGCAGAAGACAACAGUGGCGGUUAUCUCAUUCCAGAUAAUGUUGUGACAAGCCCUACUCUUUAUCACAAUGUGACACAUGACACAGUAAAUGAAAACACGGCGAACCAAAUCCAACCGUAUCUAACAGAAACUUUAAGUGCUGAAGACGAAGAGAAUAACUAUUUCAUACCACUCCCAGAUUUAUCUUAACAUAUGUAAUACUUAGAUCUCUAAAAGUAUCGCAAACAUAAAAAUGCGCUAAAUGAAAUCUGCUCACAGGAAAAGUGCGCAAACUGAAACAUGUGAAAAUAGAAACGAUUUAUACAAAUACACUUUAAUUUUGCCAUACUCUGUAGAAUAAUGUUGUAUUAUUUUACAAUGAACAUUUGAUCCUUCUUUGUCGAUAUCUAUAAAUGCUCGAUUUCCAUAAAAAGUUUGCGCAUAGUUUCUGCGCAGUUUUUCGAUCACCGUAAUAUAUAAAAAGUGAUGAAUCAAAAACUGGUAUAAACUAACGACAACCAGAAUUAUUUUCUUUAGAUAUCUGAGAGAUAGAGGCCAAUCUAUAUACACAUGUGCUGAAUUCUGUUUCUAAAACACUUAACAGUAAACAUUUGUUAUAACUACAGUACAUUUGAAAUCGCCAACUAAACACGAAUAUUCGCGCCAUCCAGGCAAGGCCGGCAACUAAAGAUGUCCUCUGAAAUGUUUUUAUUGCAUUACAACACAGCUGGCUACAAAUUAAUCUAGCGUCAAAAUUAUCUAUACUAUUAGUCUUUUGCUAUUUUUUUUUCUGUUUUUUUCGUAUUGUCAAAGUAUGAUAUAAUUUUUUUUUACUUUUUACUGUUGCAUUUUUUUUUGUGUUUUCGUCUAUUGGGAUCACAUAAACAGGUAACCACUACUUUUUUUGCCAGAUUCGAAAAGGGAACUUUACUUGUACAUAUUUUUUGGUAAAAAACUCAAAAUAAAUUUAAAAAAAAAACAUUCAAUACAGAUUGUUUUUGUAUUAUAAAUUGUACCAUUCAAUGAAUAA